AUGUCUAACGAACCCAAGAACAUCACGCAAACUUCGGACUUUGAGGUUGACUCCGAUGACCUUCACUCCGUUUCUCACGCACGCCUUCUCAAGGUAGUUGACGCCGCAAGAGUCAGUUUGACGGCUCUAGCCCUCCUCGUGGGUAUCACCAUCCUUGGCACAUCGGCAGAUGCCCUGGCUGUCUACGAUGCCACCCAUGUACCAGCCGGCUUCAUGCUUCCACUUUGGCCGGACGCCUUCGACCUGCGCCCGACAGUGGCACUUGUCGUUGGGAGUUCCAUUCUCAUAAUCGUCAACAUCGUCUCUCUCCUUUUCAGUCGAGUCCAAAGUCUGCGUGGCCAAACUCUCAUUCACAACUCAUUGGCGGUGGCCGCUCCGUCAAUUGGGCUUGUGGCAUCGAUUAUUGCCAUGACCUUCUUCUACAGCAUCAACGCGUCGAUCACGGUCGACACCCUUCAGAGCUGGAGCUGCCGCUGGUCUGACGUGGUGAUGAUGACGAGGCCGCAUUUCGGCACCAUCUGCAAGCAAAGCAAGGCGGGCCUCUACUUGUCCAUCCUGCUGAUCCCGAUCGAGGCCCUCAUCGUGGGAAUGGGCGCAUAUCAAAUGAUUCUCGAGCGGAACGUCGGCAAGACCAGCAGAGUGGUAAUGGAGCAGCGCAAGUCUGGCAGCCCGGUGCCUUCGUCCGUCCGCGACGUCGAGGGUAAUCAACACUAA